AUGCCCGGUGCUACACAAGGGAUUUCCUUCUCUCGAGCCGAGCUCGACAAUGUCCGCGUGACCGUCUUCUUAGUACUUCUGCUCGCCUCUCUUUAUAGUUUCCUCGCAUGUGCUGCAUUCAUCGCCAUAUACUCUCUUUCGAUAAGCGGCUUACGUUCUCUACCCAACAAACUCAAUCUCGCGGCCGUGAUCCUUAUGUUCACCCUGACGACAGUAUACACCCUCGUUCAGCUUCUGCAGCUCUGGGCGAUCUUCGACCUUUUCGACCUCGAGGGGGGCGGUAGUCGUUCAAGACUCUCCUUUGACCUUAACAUCACCUAUCAGGGGACCACACUCCUGUUCGCGGUAUUCGGCGCCAACGUGAUAAUCGGAGAUUCAAUCAUCUUAUGGCGAGCCAUCGUGAUCUGGUCUUGGCAAAAGCGGGUCUUAUACCCAUCUCUUCUUCUGCUCUGUGCUUCUAUCGUAUCCUGGGUACUGGCGGACAUAGCGGUGAACUUAUCGGUCAUAUCGACGGCGGCAUCCUUGGCUCUUAGUCUGUGGGCCACAACACUCGUGUCGAUCAAGGCUUGGCAGCGUCGACGUCUGCUCCGCAAGAAAGUCGCCAUCUUGUCGAGACGCAAUGCGUUGGAGAGCGUCUUCAAUAUCUUGACUGAGUCCGGGAUCAUCUUCACCUUGCUCUGGACCGUCUACCUCAUUGGCAGCUUGACGGUUGCUGGCGACGUCGUUGGCCAGAUCAUGACGAUUGUUAUGGCCGUUGCCACCCCGCUCUACCCGACGAUGAUCGUCAUCCUUGUUGCGCAAAACAAGACCCCGAUCAGCAACCAGCUCACCACCAUUGAGCCAAUGACCGUAAUGGAACCUGAGAGUAGCGAUCUUUUGGGUCAAGAUACCGACCUGGACAAGGAAGAUACUAUGGUGUUUGACAGUGUUUGA